AUGUUCACAGCAGCCGCUAAGAACUUUGUGAAGCAGGUUGGGGACACAGGGAGGUUGAUCCCCGUCCCGAGCCUGAGCGAGGCCGACCGCUACCAGCCCCUCAGCCUGGUCACCAGGAAGAGGAAGAGGCAUUUCUGGAAGAAGAACAAGUACGCAUCGACCCCCUUCUCACUGAAAGACAUCCUGGUCGGGGAGAAAGAGAUCACAGCAGGAGUGUCUUCUUAUCAACUCCUCAACUACGAGGACAAAUCUGACGUGGCCCUCAGCGGCCGGUUAGGAAACCACCUGAUGAACGACGUGGGCUUCAACAUCAGCGGAUCGGACUCUGUGGCCGUCAAAGCCUCGUUCGGCAUCGUGACCAAACACGAGCUGGAGGUGCCCACCUUACUGCGAGAGCUGCACUCCAGGAAAGUGGAUCUGGAUCACUGCCUGGUUCGCCAGUCCAAGGAGAGCGGUCGGACCGUUCUCUGUGUGGUUGUGGAGAGCAUCCGCACCACACGCCAGUGCUCCCUGACCGUCCACGCCGGCAUGAGAGGGACCACCAUGAGGUUUCAGAUCGACGAUGGAAGGAAUCCUAAAGGUCGAGACAAGGCCAUUGUCAUUCCGGCUCACACCACCAUCGCAUUUAGCAUCUGUGAGCUGUUUGUUCGACUGGACGGACGACUUGAUAUCUGUGUAGCCCCGGAGUCUCAGGGAGGAUUUGAGCGGGAGCAGAUCAGGGAGCAGCUCGGUGUUUUUGCUUUAUCCAACCACCGUGCAGAUAACCAAACAUUCGAGGAGCUAACCCACUCAGACACAUACAUGGAUGACAUGGUAACUGACUACUAUGAGAAAGCUGCCAGCAUGACGGAUGUGUCCACUGCCUACUUGAGAGAAAGUUCCCACACACGGGUCAACCUCCUCAAACACAACAUCCCCAAAGGGCCCUGUGCGCUCUGCGGCAUGGGCAACCAGAGGCGGGAAACUGUUUACGGCUGUCUGGAGUGCACGACUGGGGGCCUGAAAUAUGUCCGGCUGCACGUGGUGCCCUGUUUUGACCUCUGGCACAAAACACUGAGAUGAAAAAGGAAAGGGGAUAUGUUAAAUUUCUCAUGGUGCAAGAUACUGUUUACUAAGCCAUUUUUAAAAAAAUGCUUGUUUCUGUAAUCUUUGAAAUAAAAGUCAAACUGGUCUUGGACUGGA